GCAAUUGGUUUGGUCCAUGAGUAGACUUAGACCUAAAUCAUAGAUCUCACUGCAACUAAUCCACAGGAUAAUUUCUCGCCAAGGUAUUUUCUUCAUAGAAAAUUCUCAUAUAGUGUUAUAUGUGUAGUGCCGACUCAGCUUCAUCGUAAUGGCGUGAGCCUGAACAGUCAGUAACAGACCGUACGGCGUCCACAGCCUCACUCUAAAACCGUCCUCAUAAAAGAACAACGAACCUCGCUCUUCUGUUCAUAUUUCAUUUUCCAUUCUCUCUUCCCAUUCACAUUUAUCUCACAAAAAACCCAAAUCCCAUUAAUGAUUCAAAAUAUGCAAACCUCAAAUUCUUUUUACCAACCCAAAUAGCAUCAUCAUGGAAAAGGGAUUUUUUUUACGUCCUUUUUAGCUUCUCCAAAUCGAUUUCUUACGUGGGUUUUGGGUUUUUCGAUAAGGGUUUUCGUUGUUUUCUUCAAUAUCUCUCUCUAUACUGAUAUUAUAUAUAUAUAUAAAUAAUUUAAAUUUUACGUUUCUUCGAUGAUGGGGAAACUGGCUGACAGAGAUAAAAGGAUUGUACACAGCAUGAUGGGAGAGGGAGACUUGUUUAAUGAUAUGCCUUAUUUUACUCGUCUUCCUCAACAAAAGCCUCCUUUUAGUGGCUCUCCCGUGAACAGAGUCUCUCUGCGAUCAUCACAGCAUUCUUCUGCUUCCAGUUCAUUCUCAAAUGGGUUUUGUUCAGCCCAGUGUGGUUCACAAUAUGAUGAGAGAGAAAAGAGGGUUGCAGAGAACAUGAAGAAAGAUGGAGGGUUGUUGAAUGAUGCCCCAAAUGUGCCAUAUCUUAAUCUUGUUCGUCAACAAAAGCUUCUUUCCAUUGGUAGUCCUGCGUGUAGAGCUUCUCUACAAUCGCCGGAGCCCUCCCCUUCUUCCAGUUUGUUCCCAAGUGGAUUUUGCUCACCUGAAUAUGGUUCACUAUAUGCUCCUCCUUUAUCUGAGGAGGCUAAUUAUCUCACACCAGGUUCCCAGUACUGGAAUGAACUGUGUUUGGAUUCUAAGUCACCUCAUCAUGAUUCUUAUAUGAUCAAUAGCAGGCUGGUGGAUGAAUUGGGUUUGACUCAAAGUUUCUGUGGAAUGAGUAUUAGAGACGACCAAAAUGGUAGCACUAAAAUGAAGGGGUUCGAGAUAGACUCGGAUGGAUUUGGGUUUGGCUCCGUUGAUGGUUCUUUGGGUGGAAACGUAUACAAUGUAAAAAAGUAUGGCUCAUAUGGGGAUUUCAACAAUGGGGUUUUUGAUAAUGACGGUUUUCAAUCCUCUCCUCAAGGAGUUUCUUGGAGUACUUAUGAUGAUUUGAACUAUACAUUCAAUGGAUUGCAAAGUGGAUUUGGAAAGGCUGCUCAUGAUUCAAUGGGGGCUUCUUUUGCUCAUAAUCAGUCCAAAGAUUUCUGUUCUGGCCCUGGUUGGUACGAUAAUCAAAGUGAUCACCUAUUUGGGAGGGGAAAGGAACAGGGAGAAAGUUGGAGUGUUUGGGGGACUCAGUCGCAGAACCAAUCUAUUACUGGACCUUACCUUGAUGAUCCCUCUAGUUUCCCUCUGCAUUACAAAAUGGAUUCUAAUGGAGGCAGGGUUGUCCUUGACUCAUUGGGUGCUCCUCAAUCGAUGAAUCCCAUUCUGGAUUUGGAUGUUUAUCAUCCAGCAUACAGAAGAAGUUUGAUGUUACAAGAAAGGAUCAGAGCGACCACAAACAGUGGCCUUUCUCAUUCUCUAAUGCCUGUGAAAUGUGCAGGAGAUGCGGAUACCUUUAGCUGUGAGGACAGUUUCAUAGUACACGGAAAAGGUUUUAAUCAUGCUAGCAACAAAGGACGCGAACAUUUAAGCAGUGACAAAAAGAAUUCCUUCAAUGAGACAUCUGUGCAAAACCUCCGUGGGAAUUUUAUUAAACAAGAUAGUGCUAUCCUCCAUGGAGGAAGUUGGGAAAAUGACCAGAGGCUAAACUAUGAUAACCCAUUGCCAAUGGUUCAAAGUAUUAAUUCCUUGAGUGAGGUUCAGGGUAAUAUAUACUUGAUGGCACAGGAUCAGAACGGUUGCCGGUGGUUACAAAGGAUUUUUGAUGAGGGAACAAGCCAGGAUGUUCAGAUAAUAUUUAAUGAAAUCAUUGAUCAUGUCGUUGAACUUAUGUUGAAGCCAUUUGGCAACUAUGUCAUCCAGAAGUUCUUGGAUGUGUGCAAUGAAGAACAGAGAUUGCAGGUUGUGUUCAUGGUGACUGAAGAACAAGGACAGCUUGUUGAUAUUUGCCUGAACACAUAUGGCACACGGGCGGCACAAAAGUUGAUUGAGACGCUCAAAACCAGGCAGCAGAUUUCACUUGUGGUAUCAUCUCUGAAACCUGGUUUUCUUGAUCUUGUCAAGGAUCAAAAUGGAAAUCAUGUGAUACAGCGUUGCUUGCAAUGCCUUAGCAAUGAAGACAACAAGUUUAUCCUUGAUGCUGCUGCAAAGUUCUGUGUUGAAAUCGCAACUCAUCGACAUGGAUGUUGUGUUAUGCAACGGUGUAUUACACAUUCCACAGGGAAACAUCGAGAUAAAUUAAUAAAUGAAAUUUCAAAAAAUUCACUUCUCCUUGCUCAAGAUCCUUUCGGAAAUUAUGUUGUGCAAUAUAUUAUAGAGCUAAAGAGCCCAUCUGCCAUUGUCAAUUUACUUUCUCAAUUCAAAAGGCACUACGUAAAUCUCUCCACGCAGAAAUUUAGCAGUCAUGUGGUUGAAAAGUGCCUUAGGCAUUUGGACCAGAGCCGGGAACAAAUUGUUCAUGAAUUGAUCUCAGUCUCACGCUUUGAACAGCUAUUGCAAGAUCCAUUUGCCAACUAUGUCAUUCAAUCUGCCCUGGCAGUUACUAAGGGUCCUCUUCUUUAUUUACUGGUUGAUGCAGUUCGACCCCAUACGACUUUACGUACCAACCUAUUCAGUAAGAGGAUUUUCUCGAAGAAUCUCCUGAAGAAAUAUGAUUUAGAACUGUGUUAAGAGGAGGCUAUUUAUUUGUUAGCCUCUGAAGUGCAGGCAACUAGAGAAUGUCAUCAGAAGUGGCUGCUGAUAUCCUGGCUAGAAAUUGGCAAGUUUCUCCACGAAGUUUACUUCCUCAUGCAGAUAUGAACUUGUACUAUUCUGUUGUCCUGUUGUUGUCUCUAUCUUUGGAUGUAUCCUAUUUUGCACGGUUAGAAACUUAUCUGUUUCCAAGUUUUGUAAUGUGUGAUACCAGGGUAUUUUUCUGGAUCAUGUUCCAUUGUUUCUGAAUUUGGAACAGCACAGAAAUUUGCAUGUGAUUUUAGUAUCACAGAGCUUGGUAGCACUUGUAAGAAAGCUUUCUUAAACUGUUAGAUGUUUCAAGACGGAUUGGGUGGUUUGGAACCUUAUGGAUGGAUUUUUUUUUUUC